AUGGCGGUCUCGGCUAGUCGCUGUAUGGUUGCAAAAGAUGCUCUUCUAUUAGCUGUGUGUGACAAAGGUAAGGCAAACGACUCUUCGCUGUUGGGCAAGCGGAUCUCCCAAGACUCGAGCUGCCAGCAGCUGCUGCAGGAGUGGACGAGCAUGUGGAGCUCUGCGGGCUGUAAUCCGUCGGCGGCCGGCGCGGAGGAGCCGCAGGGCAAGGAAAUCGAGGAGGAGAGGCCGCUGGUGUUCCUGUGUUCCGGGUGCCGGCGGCCGCUGGGCGACUCACUGAGCUGGGUGGCGAAACAAGAGGACCCUGACUACAUCCUGCUCCGCUGUGUCUCCUGUAAUGUUGCUAUGGACAAGGAGCAGAAACUCUCUAAACGUAAAAAUGAAGAUGGCUGCGUUCUUGAGACUCUGUACUGCGCUGGAUGUUCCCUCCAGCUAGGCCAUAUUUACAGAUGCACACCCAGGAAUCUUGAUUUCAAAAGAGACUUGUUUUGCCUCAGUGCCAAGGCCAUUGAAAGUUAUAUUUUAGGGUCUUCUGAAAAGCAAGUUGUGUCAGAAGAUAAAGAGCUUUUUAAUCUUGAAAGCAGAGUUGAGAUAGAAAAAUCUCUAAAACAGAUGGAAGAUGUUUUGGAAGCAUUACAAAUUCAGCUGAGUGAGGUUGAAUCAAAAUUGUUCUCUACCAAGAGCUGA